AUGAAUCUGACUGAAGGAGCGAUAGCGAAGAUAACGAGCGGAGGAGCCACCUCGGCGGCACUGAAGCCGACGCUGCAAGUGACGGAGUUGAAGCAAGUGCAGACGAAGCAGCCGCAACAGAGUGAUCGGUUUCGUUUGGUGUUAUCAGAUGGGUCUCAUUUUCAACAAGCCAUGCUUGGGACUCAAAUUAAUCAUUUGGUUAAAGAUGGCAACUUGCGGAUUGGUUCUAUUGUUCAGUUGAAUCAGUAUACUUGUACUACCGUUCAAGGCCGCAUGAUUAUUAUUAUCCUUGAAUUGGCUCUGGUAGCAGAAGGAUGUGAGCUAAUUGGAAAUCCUGUAUCGGCUCAAAAAUCUUUAGGGCCUUCGCCAUCAUCAGGUGAUCAACCAGGAAAAGUCAAUAUAAGUCCUCAGUCAUUUGGUACCAGCUCAGUUCAUGGUGGCAUGGUUGGAAAUCGAAAUACGUCUGCAGCACCUGUACAAAGCCCUGAGAGAAUUCAGUCUCUUAACACUUCUCCUUCUAGCAAUUACGGCCCAGGAAGGUUUGCUCCAACAAAUGCUCCUCCACUUUAUCCAAAAGUAGAAUCUGCUGCUGGAUCGCCUGUAUCAGUUCCAUCAAGUGGGAUGUAUGUUAAUCAGAAUGCAGGCUUCCGUAACCCUAGACCUGAAAUUCCACAGCCUCAGCCUCACAUAGGCAGUUAUUCCCGACCCCUGCAGUCAGCAUAUCAGCAACCACCUCCGAUGUACAGUAACAGAGGACCAGUUGCUAGGAAUGAAGCUCCUCCUAGGAUCAUUCCAAUUACAGCUUUGAAUCCGUACCAGGGCAGGUGGACAAUUAAGGCCAGGGUGACGGCAAAAGGAGAACUAAGGCACUAUAAUAAUACUCGUGGUGAUGGUAAAGUUUUCUCCUUUGAUCUUCUUGAUUCUGAUGGUGGAGAGAUCAGAGUGACCUGCUUUAAUCAAGUCGCUGACCAGUUCUACAACCAGAUUGAAGCUGGCAGCGUUUAUUUGAUUUCAAAGGGAAAUUUAAAACCUGCUCAAAAGAAUUUCAACCACCUCCGUCAUGAUCUUGAAAUUUUCCUGGAGAGCACUUCGACCGUACAGCCAUGCUUUGAGGAUGACAGCACAAUUCCAAGGCUGCAAUUUCAUUUUCGUCCCAUAAGUGAUGUUGAAGACAUGGAGAAUAAUAGUGUCGUCGACGUAAUUGGGGUGGUAUCAUCCAUUACUCCCACUACUUCUAUAAUGCGGAAAAAUGGAACGGAAACUCAGAAGAGAACCCUCCAAUUGAAGGAUAUGUCUGGCCGAAGUGUUGAAUUAACCCUGUGGGGAAAUUUUUGCAAUGCUGAAGGUCAAAGACUACAAACCAUCUGUGAUUCAGGAGGUUUUCCUGUUCUUGCUGUCAAAUCUGGUAGAGUCAAUGAUUUUAAUGGGAAGGCAGUGGGAACUAUAUCUACGAGUCAGCUGUUUGUUGAACCAGAUUCUGCAGAGGCUCACAGGCUAAAGGAAUGGUUUGCCAGAGAAGGGAGGAACACUCCUUCUGUAUCAAUUUCUAGGGAAAUGUCAACAGUGGGUCGGUCUGAUGUCAUGAAGACUAUUUCUCAAAUCAAGGAUGAGAGGAUAGGAACUUCUGAGAAGCCUGAUUGGAUCACUGUCCCUGCAACUGUUAUAUAUGUCAAGUCUGACAAUUUCUGCUACACAGCUUGCCCCAACAUGUCAGGGGACCGGCCAUGCAAUAAAAAGGUAACCAAUAAUGGAGAUGGGAAGUGGCGGUGUGAGAAGUGUGAUCAAUCUGUGGAUGAAUGUGACUACAGAUAUAUACUCCAGUUUCAGAUACAGGACCAUACUGGCAUAACUUGGGUGACUGCAUUUCAGGAGUGUGGUGAGGAGAUAAUGGGUUUAUCUGCAAAAGAUUUGCAUAAUUUGAAGCAUGAACAGCAAGAUGAUGAGGGUUUUUCAAAAGUACUUCGCCAAGUUUUGUUUAGUAGAUAUGUAUUUAAGUUGAAAGUAAAGGAGGAAACUUUCAGUGAUGAACAGCGUGUAAAGUCCACUGUUGUGAAAGCAGAAAAGGUGAAUUAUUCAUCUCAGUCCAGGCUUCUUCUGGAUAUGAUUGAGAAGUUUAAAUCAGGGAAUUAUACUUCUUUUGCCUCCAAGGCAGAAUCUAUUUAUCCUAAAUCAGUUGGGUAUAGUGCUGGAAUUGAAAACUUUGGAAGCAGGCAAGCUGGACAACCAGGGUCAAACCCUAUGGGGAGCAGCAGUUAUGCUGAUAAUGUUGGGUUACCAGCAAAUCAAGUGGGUCAGUAUGGAAACCAGUAUAACUCUAAGUUCCCCAUGCAAAGUUCUUCUGGUGCUUAUCUAAGCUGUAACAGCUGUGGGGCCACCGGUCAUAGCUCUGCAAAUUGCCCGAGUAUCAUGAAUGCUCCAGGGCAGUCUAUGGGAGGGGGCUAUUCCAAUAGAACAUCUCAGGGGGUCACUGGUGAAUGCUAUAAAUGCCAUCAAGUUGGGCACUGGGCAAGAGACUGCCCUGGGUUAAGCAACCCUGGCAGAAUGGGAGGUAUUUCGAAGCAACAGGUGGGUGGUUUCUGA